GUGGACAAACGUUGCAGAUGCUUUAAACUCUUGCCACGUUUAACAAUCUAAAAGCGCGUCCAACUCUUCUACCACAUACCACAUAUGCUCGCCUAUAUAAAUCCUAAUCCUAACCCCUAAUUUUCAUACAUCUUCAAAUAUUCACAAUCUACUUGCUUUGACACUUGCUUUUGUUAUAGUCAGUAAUUAUCCAAAUUAGUUAUAGCUUUGAGUUUAGCUUAUUAGAAAGCUCUUGCUUUUCUUGCUCUUUCACUUUGAAAAUGUCGCAUUACCAAAACCAGCAGAAGAAGGGGUUGGUAGAGAAAAUAAAAGAGAAGAUACCAGGUAUUGGGAACAAGCAAGGUCACACAACUUCAACUACAGCCCCAGGUAACUACGGGGGCCAACAUCAUCAUCAGAAGGAGGGGUUGACAGAGAAAAUAAAAGAGAACAUACCAGGUGUUGGGCACCAGCAAGGUCACACAACUUCAACUACAGCGCCGUACCAGCAAGGUCACACAACUUCAACUACAGCCCCAGGUAACUACGGGGGCCAACAUCAUCAUCAGAAGGAGGGGUUGACAGAGAAAAUAAAAGAGAACAUACCAGGUGUUGGGCACCAGCAAGGUCACACAACUUCAACUACAGCCCCAGGAAACUACGGGGGCCAACAUCAAUAUCAGAAGAAGGGAGUGAUGGAGAAGAUCAAGGAGAAGAUUCCUGGACUCCACUAGGUGGUGUUGAUGUCGCAUAUAUAUAUAUACUCGCAUCAUUUAUAUAUGUUUCUCACUUUAUAUGUAAAUUACGCUUGUUUGUAGCCUAAGCGAGUGAUAUGAUAUGUUUUUUUUUUUGGGUUUAAUAAGCGAUGCAUACAAUCCUGGUAUGUAUGAAUAUUGUGUUGUAUGAUUCCAUUUGUUUGGGUCAAAUAUUGUGUUUUGUGGUUUUAUUACUUUUAAUAUAGUGGUGUGCUUUUGUUA